AUGGGUAGACCGAAGUGUUUCUUUGACGUUGCCAUCGAUGGAAAACCGACUGGUCGGAUCAUAUUUGAACUCUACAACGACAUAGUUCCUAAAACAGCUGAGAAUUUCCGAGCGUUGUGCACUGGAGAGAAGGGCUUUGGCUACAGAGCAUCUACUUUUCACCGGGUCAUUCCCAACUUUAUGCUUCAAGGCGGUGACUUCACCAACCAUAAUGGCACAGGAGGCAAAAGUAUCUAUGGCUCGAAAUUUGCUGACGAGAAUUUCAUCAAGAAGCACGAUGAAGAUGGCCUGCUGUCUAUGGCUAAUGCCGGUCCCAACACCAACGGUUCUCAAUUCUUUAUCACUACCGUACUGACGCCAUGGCUUGAUGGCAAGCACGUCGUUUUCGGCAAAGUUAUCGAAGGGAUGGAUGUUGUAAGAGUUGUGGAAAAGACAGUCAGAUGGCGCCUUUUUUUUCUACGUCCAUUUGCUGCAGUUAAGACAAGCUUAAUAAAACGAUGGCUGACACGAAAACUUCAUACAGGCCUUGAUUUGACAGUCGAAAAUGAAAACUGA